AUGGAGAAGGCAAACCUUGUGCACUAUGGGACAAACCUCAUGCUCGAUCGCGUCCUCAAGGACCUUCAGGCUGAGGACGAGAGCCUGCAAGCGCGAGCACUGCAAGCUCUGCAGUCAUUCACCAAGGGCCAGCGAGGCGUGGUCAGCAUGCCCAUGCAGGCCAUGCAGGCGGCCUUCCAGACGGGAGGAGGCCUGCCACGUCUGAUCGCGCUCCUGGACAGGGCUACCACCCCCAAACCAGGGGGAGCCAUUCAGCGCAAAGCCAUCACCUCUGGGGCUGUGGAGGCCUUGACUUUCAUGACCAAGAACCGUGCCAGCGCUAGAAAGGAGGCCAUCGAGGCGGGUGCCGUGCCGGCCCUGUGCAGCGUGCUGGGCACAGGCGACGAUGAGCCAGUUUCCAUUGAAGUGCUCAAGGCGCUCUACACCAUCAUUGCACCAGACUCCAGCGGGCAUACAACGACGGAGGUGUUUGCAUCGGGGGGCGUGCAUGCGUUGAUCCGGCUGCUGGAGAACGUGCUGGAGUUUGCAGCGGAGCCGCAGCGCAGCGUGUGGGUGCGCGAGGUCCUGGCGCUUCUGUAUCCGCUCGUCCGCCGCUCCCGCAUGGUCGCCCGCCUCCUGGCGUCAGAGAUGGCGGGGAUGUGCGUGGUGCUGCAGACAGUGGCGGACCCGCUCUGCCUCUCGCUUGCACUGGACAUAAUGGAAGAGGUGCUCGGCAGCGGUGACAGUCGCAGAUAUGGCCGUCUGAUGGCGCGCGAGGGUGCCCUCGCAGCCCUGGUGCAUGCGGCGCAUGUGCGUGGGAUGGGAGCCAAGGCGAUGCUGGUGCUGGCUACACUCGCUGCCGAGCCCGAGCUGCUGCACGUGCUGAGGGCGCUGCUGCAGCCGCGCGACUACGCCUGCCUCGUGCACAUCGCCCACAGAGCGGCGGAUGCGGACGAUCUAGAUGGCAGGGCGUGCGCGCAGCUGCUGGCGGCGGUGCUGUCGGGGCCGGGCAUCGAGGGAGUGCGCGCUCUCGCACUCGGCCGCUGCCUGGGGGCCUCCCUCUGCCUGCCGCCCAUCGCUUCCGACCUACUCAUACGCGCCACCAGCGAUGCAGGAGUGAUGGCGCUGCAAAAUCUACCGGAAGAGGCGGUGGCGGAGGCGGCCAUCGCGGCGGCGCUGCUGUUAGAGCACACGCCACUGGGGGCCGGGCUUCUGCUUCGGCCGGGCGCACUCACUGUCCUGCUCGAUGCCGUCCUCGAUGAGAACUCCGGACCCCUCCCAGACCACGCCUCGCGUGCUGAGGCGACCGAGGCGUUGGCUGGCGCAGUGCAGUGGCUGCCGAAUUUGAGUUCGAACGCAGACGCGCCCGGUAGCCGGCGCACCACCGCGUCAGAAGCCGGCGAUGCAGCCGCCGCUGCUGCCGCCGCCGAAGCCGGCGCAGACGGCGCGCCUGCCUCUGCUUCCGCUGCCGUAGCGGAGGUGCUGUCAGCAAACGAGCAUGGUGACGCAGCGCCGGGGGCUUCGCCGAAAUCGCAGCAGGAGGCGCCAGCGGCAGAGGCCGGCGGAGGCGCCACCCCCUCGGGCAACUUUGAGACCAUGACCUUUCACGUCGGCGGGAGGGAGUUCUAUGCGCUGGCGUGGGUGCUGGCGCAAUCGUCAAGGGCCAUCGCUCAGACGCUAGCACAGAUCCCUGACACCUCCACAGCAGCAGUCGUCAUCCCAGAUGUCCCUGGCCUUGCUCCCACCAGGAUGUAUGAGGUGUUUUCCCUGGCUGCCGAGUGUGCGUACACUGGCAGUCAUGACGUGGCGCUGGAGGAUUGCCUGGACCUCUGGGCCCUUGCAACCAGCCUACAGAUGCCGGACAUACAGAGGCGAUGCGAGCGGCUGGCUCCUUCGGUGCUCAAAGAGGAGGGCAGCCUCGAAAGGGCUCUUAGCCUCUCCCGCGGCCACAGAGAAUCAGGGAGCGGGCUACGAGACGUUGUUGCAGACCACGUCCUCUCAAACCUGCUUUCCCUACGCGAGACCGGCACUCUGGGGCGCCUGGCCGUGCAUCACCGGCGCGAGCUGACAAGUGCGCUCAAUGCGACGCUCCGGCGGAGGCUGCAGGCGGCGCGGCCGCUGCCGACGCUCGGCCGCAGCUCGUCGCAGUUUCUGGCGGCUUUUACCAACGGCGACUCCCCGCGCUCAGCCCGCUCCCUCGGCUCGUCCCGCUAUGCCGGAGUGAUAGGCGCCAGCCGCUUCUCAGCAUCCACAGAUGCUUGGGCCCAGCUUGAGAGGCAGGGCAGCCAGGCAGCUGCAAGCACGGUCUCCUUGGACAGCCCAACCAGCAUAUUGCCUGCUAAGGGCUCCCUGGAAUCCUUCUCGAAGGAAAAGGGACUUGCGCAAUAG